UUCUACCGGGGCGCGUACCCGGCCCCCUCGGACUUCGGCGUGCACUGCAGCAGCCAGACCACCGUGCUGGACCUGGACACUCACGUGGUGACCACGGUGGAGAACGGCUACUUGCACCAGGACUGCUGCGCCUCCGCCCACUGCCCCUGCUGUGGCCAGGGCGCCCCAGGACCCGGCCUGGCGUCCGCCGCCGGCUGCAAGCGCAAGUAUUACCCUGGCCAGGAGGAGGACGAAGACGACGAGGAGGACGCUGGCGACCUGGGAGCCGAGCCCCCCGGGGGCGCCCCGUUCGCCCCCUGCAAGCGCGCCCGCUUCGAGGACUUCUGCCCGGACUCGUCCCCGGACGCGUCCAACAUCUCAAACUUGAUCUCCAUCUUUGGCUCGGGCUUCUCGGGGCUGGUGAGCCGACAGCCGGACUCCUCGGAGCAGCCGCCGCCGCUCAACGGGCAGCUGUGCGCCAAGCAGGCGCUCGCCAGCCUCGGCGCCUGGACUCGAGCCAUUGUCGCCUUCUAGGGACCCCCGAGGGCACGGGGACCCGGGGCCCCGCGGGGCUGGGGCCAGACAAAGACUCGGCCAAGGGGCGAGAGGAGGGAGCGAACGGGCGCCUGGCCACCCGGGGCUGAGCUGAGGGCGAGCAGGGGGAGGCGGCUGAUGUUUUAUAAAUUGUAAAAUAAAAAAAAAAAAAAAAAAAAGAAAGAAAGAAAGAAAAGAAAUCUAUGAUCUUGGACUUUAUUUUUGCAGAGAGAAAAAGCGCCUAUUUAAGUAUGCUUUGUGUUUCUCCUACUCUUUUUUUUCUUUUUAUUGUAGUGAUUGCAGUGGUGUUUAGCGAGGAGCCAGCCACGUGAGGGAGGGCUGCUGCCCGGAGGAGGUGCCGGGCAGCCGGGGGCGAGGCAGGGCGCCCGGGCCGCCAGGGCGCGCCGGGGACGCAGCGCAGGAGGGCGCGGGGCCCGGGACGCCGAUUCCAAUCAGUUGUCAGACCCGGGAAGCCCGACGCUCGGUUCUCCCGAGUCCCUCCAUGGGGUGAGGAAUGGGUCUUGUGAAAUCCUGAGCAAAAACAAAGGCAAACUCUCUAUCUCCGAAAGGGACGUUUGGGUCACAUUUCCUCUCCGGGGGCGGCCUCCAAAGUUCUCAAAAUGAGAAGGCAGAAAUGAAAACACUUCAACUUUUUUUUUUUUUUUCUUUCCCGGGGCGGGUGUCUUGAACCCCUCCUCUCCCCGCCCCUCUGGCUCCGCUCUCUUCCCCUCCUCCACCCGUCUCCCGGACUCGGGGGGUGGCGCCCGGCACCCCGACACUCCCGGACACCGUUUGGGGAAGGGGUGGGGGGCGGGCACGGCGGACUACAUUUCCCAUCAUGCCCAGCACUGCGGUCCUCACUAAACAAAAAAGGAAGUCGAUUCCUUCACCUGGAUCCCCGGCGGCCCCGAGGGAGGGAGGGGCCGGGACCGCCGACUGCGUUGGAGACUUUUCACUAAGUUCCUGGUCAGAUGUGGUGUUUGUGUGUGUGCUUCUAAGUUGCACUGUCCUAGUUCAGGCUUCGGUUGCAUUUCAUGAAACCAGCAUUGUUCGAGGCUGUGAGAACCCUGUCCUGUGUCUUCAGCUCGAUAGAUUUUGUUUAAUUUAAAGCCUUUUGUUGUAAAAAGGUGGGGUUCAUCUGCAGCCCCUCUGGUUCUCUGCCAUCAGCUCCAUGUGGACCCCAAAACAAGUUGCCAACCCUUCCUUUCUUGGCCCUUCUCCCUCAUUCUUCUGUAUUUUUGUGCAUACUGAAUUGUAUAUCACCGGGUAAAACUGUUCAGAUGAUUUGUUUAAAUUUAUAAUCUUAAUAAAAAGCCGAUUAUAGAGGA